UAAAGAAGAGACCUCCAAAUAGUCACUCCUUCAUUCCCAAGGAAAAGUAGUAAUUUAAAAGAAAUUUAAGCCGUCAAAAAUCUGUAACUUUUGAAUUUCAGCUAUAAAGUGUUGAGAGCAAGGUGGAUUACAGAAGAUGGAAGCCAGCAUAUUUUUUGUCAUAGGCUCGUUAUUUGCUCUUAUGAUAGUCGUCUAUUAUGUAGUGUGGAGUCGAUCGCGAUUUGUGCGUCUAAUCAAUGCUAUCCCAGGUCCCGAUGCUAUGCCAAUACUGGGCAAUAUUCUUGAACUCAACGUGACUCACGAUGAGUUAUUGCAGAAGGUGAGCUUCGACUGGAUAAGAAAGUACGGUGGUAUCUAUCGUCUUUGGUUCAUGGUCCGCCCCAUGGUUGUCAUUGCCACCCCUGAGAUGAUGCAGCCAAUAUACGGAAAUCCGAAAAAUAUCUCGAAAGGAGAUGUGUACGACGGCUUUACUCCUAUCCUCGGAAACAGUUUGUCUCUGGCAACAGAUGAUCAGUGGAAGAAAUCUAGACGUCUUCUCAAUCCAGCUUUUCAUAUUCAAGUUCUCAACAGCUAUAUGUACGCCAUUAACGAAACGAGCGUCACCUGCAGUCGUGAAUUGGAAGAAGCUAUUGAGGAAAAUGGUGGAGGUGAAUUCGACAUCUUGCCUAUCAUGACGCGAUGUGUCCUGGAUUUACUGUGCGAAACUGCCAUGGGACGGAAAACAUUGACAAUUGAAGACAAUGAAAAUUUAAUUCGAAAUUGCGAAGGUUACCAAAAGAUUUUCCAACAACGCCUCAUUCAGCCGUGGCUUAGAAUCAAUUGGCUUUUCAAAUUAACUGAGAGGGGCCGGGUGUUUAAAAAUCUUUCCAAAGGAAUUAAAGGAUUUAGCCAAAUGUUAGUCAAACAUCGACGCGCUUUGCUGGAACGAAAAUCAUCGGAUAAAAAACUCGAGACGAACGAUAACGUGGACGAUGAGCCCUUAAAAAAGAAAUUAGGUUUCAUGGAUCUUAUUAUAAAGGAAUGUGACGUCAAUGGCAAUUAUAGUGAAGAUGAAAUGAUAAACGAAGUCACGAGCAUGGUUACUGGGGGACAUGAUACAACAGCUUUGGCUUUUACUUGGUUUCUUUACACUAUUGCUAGACAUCCCGAGCAUCAGCAACUGAUAGUGGAUGAAUUGAAUGCGGUUUUUGAUGACGCGGACCGCCCUUGUACUACGCAAGACUUGACUGAACUCAAGUACUUGGAAUGUUGCAUUAAGGAAUCUUUGAGAUUGUAUCCGAGCAUCCCUUUUAUCUUGCGAUAUCUGCCAGAAGACCUUGAAAUAGGGGACUACACCUUGCCAAAGGGCCUGACGAUUGGACUUUCAAUCUUCGCCAUGCACCACAACCCUCAAGUCUUCCCUGAUCCAGAAACUUUUAAGCCGCAACGUUUUCUUCCAGAAAAUAGUGUCGGUCGACAUCCGUUCGCCUUCAGUCCAUUUAGCGCCGGUCCCCGAAAUUGCAUCGGUCAAAAGUUCGCCAUGCUUGAGCUCAAAGUAAUUUUAGCAAACUUGAUCCGGCAGUUCCAUUUUUUUGUGGAUCCUUCUGCCCCAGAGGUCAUACCUCUCCAAGAAACUACGUUGAACCCGAAGACUCCCGUUAAUCUCAUCGUUUCAAAAAGGCUCUCCGCUUAUUAAAAAGUUGGGUAGAAUAGAGGUCUUUAAACGUCUAAGACCAUUUCAUAUCAAACAGACACACCUCCAUUCAAGGUUACUUAAUAUCGUUUCUAACCAUAGAUUAUAUCUGGGGAAAAAAAGAAAAUAAUAUAAACGAUUU